AUGCGUCGCGUCAAGAAAUCCCGAAACGGAUGUGCGAGAUGCAAGAGCAAGCGAGUAAAAUGCGGGGAAGAAAAGCCCCAUUGCAGUCGCUGUACUCGCUUGGGCGUGAAAUGCCCCGGAUACGUUCAAGCGCUGCGCUGGGUCACCAACAACUCGUCCACGGAAGAUGCCGGAAUAGAGUCGACUGCUGAGAAUGACCCUAUUCAAUUUGACGGCCAUCUCGAAAAAUCGCCCAGGAAGCCCAAUCAGGGUUCUCGCCUCCAGUCACAUCCUGAUUCCGAGAACUAUCUGAAUCCGCAAACCCGGUCGCCCCUGGCUCCGGAUGACAGUACGCUCCCAGAUAGCCUGGUAGACGAUGAUCCAAAUGCACUGUGUGAUGACCUAUGGGAUCUCCAGCAGCCCGGAACCCUGCCAGAGCUAGCUGAUCUAUGUCCUGCGUCGCCGACAACUGCAAUGUCCGCUGGGGAUCACCAGCCACCUGAUACAUCUGCCAUCGAGUUCGGCUCACCAGCAAGCCUAGGGUCAGAUCCCUGGGCUUUCUUUUCGUUGGCCGCUCCAGCGCUCCAGAAUCAAUCCAAGGGCUUCCCGGGCUUCGACCCAUCGUCGAUUGUCCGCCAGUAUCCUCCACCGUCUGGUGGUGGCUCCCCUGUGCGACCGGCGCCGCGGGAUUUCACGUCAAUACCCCAGCCCUUGAACAACCCAUCCUGGACUCUAAUAGAGUAUUACUUCAAGGAAGUUGCAGCCCUAUUUUCUAGCUAUGACAGCCAGAUGAACCCUUUUCGUACUACCGUCUCCCGUCUUUGGGGGUCCUCGCUUGCUAUGUGCCGCACCAUGCAGAGCAUGGCAGCGGCUACCCUUGUCAACGAUUUUCCACAGUUCGGCCCCAUGGGCAAAAAGAUGCGCAAUGAGGCCAUCGAGAUCAUUAGCAACGAGACGUCUAUGGAUGAUAAGUCCCUCCUUGCUUUGCUCAUGCUCGGCCAAACCGCCAGUUGGCAUGAUCCUAAAGACCUGGGCAUUUCCUAUUUCAACCUCCUACGGAGACAUCUUGAUGCCGCCAUUUUAGCUAAGGCCACCAACCCAACAAACCGUGGCAACAAUUACCAAUUCUUUGAAGAGGCUCUCGUCUACUGGGAGAUGCUUCUCUCCUUCGUUGCCGAUGAUUCUGCUGUCAUCCAAGCUGCCCCAACCUCAUCCAACACCGCCGAAUCCCUUGUCUUACAGCGGGUUCCCCAUCCUUGGACUGGCAUCGCCCGCGACACCCAAUACACCGUCCAAGAAGCCGGUCGCCUCGUAAGAGCUGAGCGUAGACGUAUUCGAGCCCGUAAAUUUACCUCCCAGGCGGACAUUGCGGAAGCUCAAAUCGCACUCGAAAAGGGCCGCGUGCUCGAGGAACGACUUCUCUCCCUAGCCCAUCCUACAGAAGCAGAAAUUGUCUCCCCAGGCGAUGAUGAAACCCCCGUUUGGCACCUUCUGACCAUGGCUGAGGUCUACCGCUGCACAGGUCUUCUACAACUAUACCGUGCAUUUCCCGACCUCCUCCAACGCCGACUUCCCACCCAACAAUACCAGCACCAUUCACCCACCCAGCAGCAGGAGCAGCAGGAGCAGCAUACAACAUCAACACCCCAUGAACCAUUCCACCCCUCCCUCGACACCACCAACUCCAACACCUGGUUCAACGACCCCUAUCUCCCUGACCCAACAACCCAACAACAAACAACCGCUCCAGCAGACUCCAAUCCUUCCUACCACGAUAGCUGGCUCACCGAAUUCGCCCUAACAACACUAUCCCGCCUGAAAACCAUCCCUCUUGAAUCUCGCACCCGCUGCCUCCAACCCCUCCUCCUCGUCGCCUCCAGCAGCGAACUCCGCUUACCUCCCACGCCAUCAGACCCCCUAGCACUCUCUGCAAACGGGAAUGGGCCCUGCAUCUCCUCGCACGCGCUCGAAGUCGCGCGCACCCGCCGCUUUAUUCUCGGCCGGUUGACUUCGUUUCUGCACGUGCUGCCUCCGAAGCCGAUUAGUGUGUGUCUGGAGUUGGUGAAUGAGGUGUGGAAGAGGAUGGACGGCGGCGAUCCCGAUGUCUAUUGGAUGGAUGUCAUGAUUGAGAAGGGGUGGGAGACGACGAUGGGGUAG